ACCAGGAAGGUAAAAUUGGUGUUCAAUCUGAAGUAUUUCUGCACAUAUUUCUCAAUGCACAGAAAUAUAUACCCUGAGAAAAGAUAGAGGAGGUUCCUGGUCCUCUUGACCACUGGUCAACAUAGAGUAAACACAAUGGGGCUUGAAGAAUCUCAGAGUAAACGAGGCCGGCAUUCUCAGUUGAUCACUUGGGUCUUUGCAAUUGUUUUCGUCACUCUUCUCAGUGCCUGUUUUAUUGCAAAUUGUUUUGUGACUUAUCACAACUCUUUACGCUGUAAGAGAGGAACACAAAGGUUCAAGUUACCAGAGUAUCAUAUGCAGCUAACAUGCAUCAAAGAAGAAUCAGUACUGAAAGGAGAUACCUGGAAUUGCUGUCCUAUUGGCUGGCAAGUCUUCCAGUCCGAAUGCUAUUUUCCUUUUAAUGACAACAAAACAUGGGCUGAGAGUGAAAAGAACUGUUCAGGGAUGGGAGCCCAUCUGGCGACAAUCAGCACUGAAGCUGAGCAGAACUUUGUGGCUAAAUUUUUGGAUAGACGAUUUUCAUAUUUCCUGGGACUCACAGAUGAGAAUAUGGAAGGUCAAUGGCACUGGGUGGACCAGACGCCCUUUAACCCACACAUGGCAUUCUGGCAUGAGAAUGAACCCAACAACUUUCAGGAAGAAAACUGCGUUGUCAUUGUUAAUGUCCAAGAUAAAUGGGCCUGGAAUGAUUUUCCUUGUAACUUUGAAACAAGUAGGAUUUGUAAGAUACCUGCAACAGGAUUCAACUAGAAACCUAUAAAGCAAUCCUUGUGAUGAAAACAGAAAAAAAAGAACCAAAUCAAGCAAAGCAAAAUGUACAGCAUCAUUCAGAGGGAACAUGCAGAGUCUAGAGCUCUUAUUUAAUUUUGUUCAAUUCAUUCAAUAUUGUGUGUGUGUGUGUGUGUGUGUGUGUGUGUGUGUAAGAUAAUGUGGUUUUGUAUGGUGUUGUGACAGAAUUACUCAUGAGAACCAUUUUCAUUUUCUUUGCUUUCUUGAUACUAUCUGAAGGGAAUUACUUUUUGUUUGGUACGCAUCCAUUACAUACCUAACAGAAUUGCUUGAAUAAUGCAAUCUUUUUGCCAUUUUCUCUUGUUCUAAUUCUUUACUCUUAGAAUUCAAAAGUAUUAUACUCUUAACUGGUAGUGGUGAAUCAUUUUUUUUACCCAAAUAUCACAGACUUUGAAGUCUUUAAGUGAUAUUUUUGUUGUUUGAUGCUUCAUUUUCAGACUUUGUAAUAAUGUCAUUGUACUGAUAUUUGUAAGUGAAAAUUUUCCAGAUAAAUAGUAGAAAGUAGUUCUAAAUUAUGAUGCUGAACAGGUAGAAAAAUGGUGAAUAACUUCUUUUUACUCCACUCUAAACAAGUUUUAAGGCAGGAAGUAUCAAACUGACUUAAUAUCAUUUUUAGUGAAAAAGAUCAUUAUUGACCACUUGAAACAAUACCUUCAGUCCUUUAGCUGGGGAAAAAAAAUCCUUGGGAAGCUAAAAAGCUCACCUUUGCAUUGCUUGCUCAUGAUAAUCACUGCUAUGGCUCAGAUCUAUAUUUUACCAGAGAUGAAAUGUAUUCCCUUUGGAAUUAUUAGGAAAGUUACUGGGAAUAAUUUGGCUCUUUACUUAGCUAAUGCUUAAAAUUUAUUACUUAUUUGAAAUUCUACUAUAUUGGUGCCUUUAUUUUUAAUUUGAAUUAGGAAGGUCACAUUUUAACCCAUUAAUUUAUAUUGUUAAAAUAUAUUAGAGCUAUAAAGCUACAGUUCAAACUAGAAAGGAAGUCAAUGUUUUGGCAUCUUAAAAUUAUUAUGUAUAUUAUUAUGUAUGUAGUAUCACUUGUGAAGCAGUCCCAUUCAACUUUAAUAAGAUAUGGUACCUUCUUAAAAAUUUUAAUUUGCUAAUGUUUCCUGGCUUUCCACUGAAAAAUUUUAAGUAAUAACUUUUUAACUGACUUCCUCUGCCAUUAUUUAAAAAAAAACAUUUAUUUUGUAAAAUGUUAUUGAUUUUCUGAUUUUGGAGUGUAGUUUGAUUAUGUGUGGGGAUUGUGUGUGUGUGUGUGUGUGUGUGUGUGUGUUGUGUGUUUACAUCUCAAACUGAUGCUUUUAACUGAAGUGAUACUAAGUAGUUUUAAUUCUGUUUAUCAUAUACACUAAAUUACACAGCAUUGAACCUGUUAAAGUAAUUUUAUGUAGAUGCUACUAGACUUUGUACAGUUAAUUCUUCUGUUUUUAAUUUGUACAAAUCUGUAUAUAGGUAGAGAUUCAGUUGUCAAUAAAAUGUGAUCUUUUAUUCA